AUGACUGCCAACGUACCGGCAAAAGGCGUCUCUUUCUUCACCCCCGAGCAAGUCCCUGCUGCUGGGACCGCUGCUGCUUCCCAACCCGAUGAUAAGCCUAUACCGGUCCUUUUCCAGCCGCUCACGAUACGAGGGUUAACCGUGCAGAACAGGAUCUUUGUAUCGCCCAUGUGCCAGUAUUCAGCGAAGGACGGCAAGAUAACCCCGUGGCAUUUCGCGCAUCUUGGCGGCAUCUUCACCCGUGGUCCGGGACUUACGUUCACUGAAGCUACGGCCGUCGUUCCAGAGGGCCGUAUCACUCCCGAAGAUGCUGGUAUCUGGUCAGAUGAUCAUGCGGCUGCAUGGGCGCCUAUCGUCGAGUUUGCGCAUUCACAGAACCAGAAGAUCGCGAUGCAGCUAGGACAUGCUGGUCGCAAAGCAUCUACGAUCGCACCAUGGUUACCUGGCACUAAUUUAGCCACGGUGGAGCUUGGCGGGUGGCCUGAUAACACCUAUGCUGCAUCAUCGCUUCGAUUUAAUGAUGAUUAUCCGUUGCCGAGGGAGAUAUCGAAGGAAGGGAUCCAGGAGGUGGUGGAUGCAUUCAAGAAGGCGGCUGAGAGAGCUGUGAAGGUUGGGUUUGAUGCUCUCGAGGUUCAUGGUGCGCAUGGCUACUUGCUGUUUGGGUUCUUGAGCCCAACAAGUAAUCAUCGUACGGAUGAAUAUGGCGGAAGCUUUGAAAAUCGUAUUCGUAUCGUGUUGGAAGUAAUCGACGCGAUAAGGUCAGUAAUCCCCCCCGAAAUGCCGCUUUUCUACAGAAUAUCAGGUAGCGAAUGUGUAGAACAAACACUCCCCGACGUCCCCUCGUGGCGUUCAGAAGAUACCGUCAGAAUUGCACCUAUUCUAGCAGCUCACGGCGUCGAUGUGUUGGAUGUGUCAUCUGGUGGCAACAACAGCAAGCAGAAGUUUACCCCUGGACCUGCUUAUCAGUCACCAUUAGCGCAUGACGUGAAGAAGACCAAUCCUGGACUGCUCGUCGCCACAGUAGGAGGUAUAGCGGAUGGUCACACGGCGCAAGGCGUGUUGGAAAACGGCCUAGCUGAUGUGGUAUUGUGCGGCAGAGCCUUCCAACAGAAUCCAGGUCUUGUGCUGAGAUAUGCGCAAGACCUUGAUGUGGAUAUACAUCUUGCGCAUCAGAUACAAUGGGGUUACAAGAUAGGAAGAAGGACUCGACGAGCAAAAGCCAACUAG